GCUCCGCCUCAGCAGGUACAGCCGCACUCCCUGAGCCACUAUCCUACUGCUGACCCUGAACCCGGCUCGGCCCGGUUCUCACCUCCAGACUGGUGCCAGGCCAGUGUCCUCCAAGUGGUCACCAAGACUUUCCUGAGUGCAUCGCGGCCUCCCCUCCCCCCACCUUUUUUCCUAUUCCUCCUUCUACCCAGGCCAGGAAAACAAAUGGGAAGACUGGAAGUGCACUUCAGUUUUAAUUGUAUAGUUUUAUCGCUACCUCACCUGUGGAGAUUUAGAGUGGGUUAAGGAAUGACUUCUGAAGCGGCUGGGGCAAUAUGGUUGCACGUGUCAAGGUGAAAAGGAGUCUCAGUUGCCCCAUAAGACCGCCUGUGCCAAGCUCAGCAUGGGUGGGGGCCUGAUUGAGAGGUAUGUGGCUGCCAUGGUGCUGAGUGCGGCUGGUGAUACCCUGGGCUACUUCAACGGGAAGUGGGAAUUCCUUCGGGAUGGGGAGAAGAUACACCGGCAGUUGGCCCAGAUGGGUGACUUGGAAGCCAUAGAUGUGGCCCAGUGGAGAGUCAGCGAUGACACCAUCAUGCACCUGGCUACAGCAGAAGCCCUCAUGGAAGCCGGCAGUUCCCCGGAUUUGCCUCAGCUGUAUUCCCUACUAGCUAAACAUUACCGGGACUGCAUGGGAGACAUGGAUGGCCGGGCACCAGGUGGUGCUUGCAUGCAGAAUGCCAUGCAGCUGGACCCCGACAGGGCUGACGGCUGGAGGAUUCCCUUCAACAGUCACGAGGGCGGCUGUGGAGCCGCCAUGCGCGCCAUGUGCAUCGGGCUGAGGUUUCCUCACCCCAGCCAGCUGGACACUCUGAUCCAAGUGAGCAUCGAGAGCGGCCGGAUGACCCACCACCACCCCACAGGCUACCUCGGAAGCCUAGCGUCAGCUCUUUUUACCGCAUAUGCCGUGAACGGCAAAUCACCACGGCAGUGGGGGAAGGGGCUGAUGGAGGUGCUGCCAGAGGCCAAAGCGUAUGUCACCCAGUCAGGCUACUUUGUGAAGGAAAAUCUCCAACACUGGUCCUACUUCGAGAAAGAAUGGGAAAAGUACCUGGAACUUAGAGGAAUUUUGGAUGGCAAGUCCGCUCCCGUCUUCCCGAAACCCUUUGGUGUGAAGGAAAGGGAUCAGUUCUAUAUCGAAGUGAGCUACUCAGGCUGGGGUGGCAGCAGUGGACACGAUGCCCCCAUGAUUGCCUAUGAUGCCCUCCUGGCUGCAGGGGAUUCCUGGAAGGAGCUCGCACACAGAGCCUUUUUCCAUGGUGGAGACAGUGAUUCCACGGCCACCAUUGCUGGAUGCUGGUGGGGAGUUAUGCACGGUUUCAAAGGGGUAAACCCUUCUAACUAUGAGAAGCUCGAAUACCGACAGCGGCUAGAAGAGGCCGGAAGAGCUUUGUAUUCUCUGGGGUCAAAAGAAGACACUAUACUAGGUCCCUAGGGAAAGGGUGGUUUGUUUUGGCGGUUUUUUCCCCUGUAUCCCCGACACUCAUUCUCUUCAGCUUUUCCAGCGUCAAGAAUCCUAAUUUUGUGUUUGAAGAAUUCUGAGUAAACAAGUCCCUUGGGCGGCUUCAGCCCCGCCUUCCCACGCUUACCCUGCCCUCCCCGAGUUCCUCUUUUGUGUGUAAGAGUCUUUUUAUUUCAGUUGAUGUGCUCAGUGUUUCUCAUUCCAGAAACCUCAUAACCUUGUAUUCACGUCUCCAUUUUUAUCAUGGAAUUGUUCUAAA